AUGCUGAUGCUCCCGGCCUCAAGCACAAUACCAACAGAAGUGAAGUACUUCUUUUCAAGGCUUCAAAUAAGACCUCCUCUUAAUUUUCCUCCUAUAUUUUAAUCAGAGAUCCGAAAGCUUUUACACGCUGCACCGACGCAAGUGCAGCGUUAUUGCCUUUUAGCGCCCCUUUGCUUGUUGAUGAUGAUUCCCCCUCGGGAUUUCGGCCGAUUGUAGUGCUCGACGAUGCCGAAAAGUUCUUAGAGAAGAUCUUGUCUCCCCCACGAGUAUCACGGAGGCACUUCGCUUUCACCGCGUACCUCCGUACCUGUACGCAUCGUGGAGGAGUACCAGCUAGGCAGGACAAUUCUUUACGAGGGACCCGACGACGUCAUCCACUCCGAGGCCAUAGUGGCAGGCUCCUGCCAGGCAUGGAGGUUGUCUGUUUCACCGACGUCACGGCAAAGGCGAAAAAGGUGGAGGAGGAGGCCCAUCUUGCGUCGAUUGGCACAUCACUGGUCAUCCAAGACAAACGCCUCUUAGGCCUGGACGUGGCCCUCGAUAAAACGAGCCGGCGCCAUGAUGUUCCACAGCCCACGCCGCAGGAUCCCAGCGGGGCUCCGUAUCCAGGUGGAGGGUGUCCAAAUACCAGUCGAGGGAAGCCUAAAGUACCUCAGCCUGCUCGUGGCCGAGUCGCCGGCGCCGCUCGGCUUCCUUUAUCAAAACGCGGCCGACUCCUUGCUCGCCAGUUCGUGUUUGAAUCUUUCACCUUUGCCGAAAAGUGGUUGGUAACUUGUGAUCAAAAGUGUUUGGUGAAUUCGCAUUUGAGAAAGAACGUAAGUAUGAUGAGAGUGGUGAUGGGUUUGGGCGCGUUGUGCACGCUGGCCGCGCUGGCGGCUGCAGAGGGCGGCGCGGCAGUAAGCACGGAGGCGGCGCCGCGCAGCACACCUACGCCGGGCCCGCAGGACAAGGGCUUCAUCGACUGGAUCUCCAACCUGCUGGGCGGCGGCUCCUCCACCACGCUGCGCCCCGUCAACGACCCGCCCGACAACUGCCCCGCUUGCCAGUGCGGUAUCGCGCGCACGCGGCGGCGCAUCGUGGGCGGCUACGAGACGAAGAUGCUGGAGUUCCCCUGGAUGGCGGUGCUCAUGUACAACGGCCGCUUCUACUGCGCCGGCUCGCUCAUCAACGACCUGUACGUGCUCACCGCCGCGCACUGCACCGCCGGUUUCCGCAAGGAGCGGCUGACGGUGCGGUUCCUGGAGCACGACCGCUCGAACAGCUCGGAGACGAGCACCAUCGACCGCAAGGUGUCCGCCAUCAUCCGGCACCUCCGCUACAACCCCUCCACCUAUGACAACGACAUCGCGCUGCUAAAGCUCGACCAACGGGUGGACCUCAGCAGCGCUCUCAAACGCGUCCGCAGCGAAGGCGAGGGCUCGGGCUCGGGCGACGCCGAAGUGGGGGUGCGGCCCGUGUGCCUGCCGACCGCCGGUUUGUCCUACUCCAACCACAGCGGCGUGGUGGCCGGCUGGGGCACCACCGAGGAGGGCGGCUCCGUCUCCAACACGCUGCAGGAGACGUACGUGCCCAUAAUUUCGAACGAGGAGUGCCGGAAGACGGCUUACAAGCAGCGCAUCACCGACAACAUGAUGUGCGCGGGCGAGGCGCAGGGCGGCCGCGACGCCUGCCAGGGAGACUCCGGCGGACCGCUGCAUGUCAAGAACGACACCACCGGCCAGUACCAGGAAGUUGGUGAUCAUACUGAACAAGAAAAGAAACAUAAAACAUGA